AUGCGUCGCGGGGUCGACUACAGCAAGUGGGACCACAUCGGCUCCGGCAGCGACGAGGAGGAGGACGAGCAUAGGGGGCCGCUGAAGAGGGACACGUCCCGGAGCGGUGCGGGAACAGAGCCAACCCCCCUGAAUCUUGUCGGGACCUAUGGGGCCGGCCGUUCGGAACUCAAGAAAGUGAUUUGGCUUGCCAAUCAGAAGGCGAUGAGACACUUUGGUGGCUUCCCAUAUCCGGCGGUCAGAGCUACGGUGGAAACCAAGGUUCCAGGGAGAGUGGGAGGUAAGGAAGAACCACGGAGGUUUCAGUUGCUGAGUGGGGAGGACAUGGUUCACUACCUGGACGUGAGGGGCGGGUGGGAUCAGAAGGAGUGCGACUGCUGCUUUGACCGGGCGGUCAGCUUGGGAGCGGAUCGUGCUGUCACCAUGGAGAGCCUUGAAUUCGUCCGAUCGCUCCUGCACAAGCGGUUGCCUGACGCCACCCCCUUUGCGCCAUGUUCCAAUGGCGUGAACAAGGCUGUGCUGGAGUUCUCCGCGGGCGUGCAGGCGUUUGGCGAGCAAGGAGAGGUGGCAUCGCCUCGUGUGCAGUUCUCCUGCAAGGAAACUCUUGCGCCGUUUGUCUGUGUGGAGGGGAUGCUCCUCGAGUGGAUGACUGAGCCUCGUGUGGGUGUGCUCAUGGACUUGGGGAGGAUCAGAUCCCGCCUGCCUGCCAUUCUGGCUAAUGAUGGGUCUUUUGGGGAUCACCCUGCUGCGUCUGCUGCUUCUGCAUCUACUGCUGCUUCUCCUGCUGCGCCUGCGGCUGCUGCAACGUGGUCCUGCUGGCGGUGCAGCCGCUGCUGGGCUGCCUACCGCUGUGCUGUCAGUUUCACUGCCUUCCUCGUGCUUGUGGCGAGGUGGCCUCGAGUGGACAUUAUAUGGAAGGCUCACUUGGAUACAUAUGAUGCCGUCUACCCAGCGCUAGCAGGGCAGCUGGGGGUGGGCAGGCAAGGGAGGGAGGACCCUGCUGCGUCCAUGCUGGUGAAGGUGCUGGGGGUGAAGGAGAGUGCUGAUUUGCAGGAAGGGUUUGGGUUCUUUGUGCAGCAUGUGCUGUCAGGCGGGCUGGAGAAGGCGCAUGCAGAGGGGAGGGGGAAAGGGAGAGCUGCGGGAAAUACUGCUGAGAAGGCGGAGGGGAUGGGGAGUGGGCAAGCUGGGGAGAAGGGUCGGACAGUUGCGAGAAAGAGUGUGGGGCUGAUGGGACAGAUGGGGCAGAUGUGGCAGCCAGGGAAAAUGGGGAAGGUGGGGCAGGCAAUGGCUGCUAUGGUGCAGAGCGUGGGGAGCGGGGCUCGCGUGGGGUCGGCUGAGUGGCUGCAAAGCAUGGACGAGUUUGGAGUUGACGUGGCAAACAUGGAAGACCUGGGGGCGCUGUUAGAUGGUGCGGGGGCCAUGGGCAUGGGUCUUCCUUAUGAGGUUGGUGGUUGGGGGGGGAGUGGGAAGGAAGGGGUGGGUGGUGAAGAUCCGAAGGGUGAGAAGUGGAGGGAGCAUCUGAAGGGGCGUGAGUGGGAGAGGUAUGUGGAUGGCAUGGCUUGGAUUCUGGAGCAUGGAGGGGGGGAAGGGAGAGAGUUCUGGUGCAGCCACUGCAGUGAGGGGGGCAGCAGUGUUGGCAGCAGCAGCAGCAGCAGCAGCGGCGGCGUGAGUAGUGUUGUGGAAGGCAGCCGUAUUCCCAAGGGCAUGUAUGUGAGUGGCGUGGGUGCCACUGACUUCGCCCUGGCAGUCGCCUCGGUAUUCUCCAUGCCAGAGCACCGCAAGCUGGGAGCGAUGCUUUUUGGGGGGUCUCAGAGCACAACCAGCAGUAAUGUGCAUGAUGCUGCCAUUGAAGAGGCCAGGGAGAGGCUAAGAAAGCAAAUUGUGACAAGUGGGAAGGUAGCAAAAGGGAUGGACGAGGACGAGGGAGGGGAAACAGAAGGAGGAGUGGAAGCAGCAGCAUCAGCUGCACUGGAAAAAGGGCAACCAGGUCCCAGUGCUGAUCCGCUCUCAGCCAGAGCUGGAUCUGCUGAUUACAGCAGCGUCUCUGCUGCUAUCAGUGGGAGCAGCAGCAUGAACAGCAGUGGGAUGCGCAGUCCUGGCCUCGUGCCUGUCAACACGGACCCAAGCAUUGGGCUGCUCACGUAUCGGGUUGCUCGCCUCUUGCAGUGGCUUCGGAUCUAUGGCUCAGAUUUAAUUUCCGCCAAGAGCUGCUUCAAGGACAGCCCACAGGGCAAGGUCCUGCCCAUGCGCCACCCGCUUCGGAAUCUUCCGAGCCUGCUGGUCCGGUUCGGCGCUGUUCUCCCGCCAUUGGAUGGAAGCACUGACCUCCCGGAGUGGGAGGAGUGGCCCGAGGGAGACGAAGCUUCUACGAAGUUUCCUGAGGACUCUAGUGCCAGAUGUUUCAGGCUGGGCAGGGCGGAUGGCAGGCAGGAUCACACAAACAGCGGGAAUGGGGAAGUGCAGCAGGGAAGCUUCCCGGAAGCUUUCACCGAACAAGUGCCACCGCUUGAGAGCGGGGAGUCCCGUCCGAUCGUGUGUUGCAGGGCAGAUGCAGACUUGAUAAGAGUUCUCGCUCGCCUGGGGCUGGACUCUUCCUUAUACGCCGCUCACGACAGCCUUUAUGGCAACCGCAGCAGCAGCAGCAGCGUACGUGCAUUACGGGAACGGGUGGAGCAGGUGCCACUUGCCUUUCUGCUCGACCUGGCGCUCAUGCGUGCCACGCUUCUCCUGAAACACUGCGGGACAGAAGACGGGCAGAAUCCCAAGGCUGGGGGGAGAGGCUCUGGGGUUAAAAAGGAGGUGGGCAGGAGGGCGGGGAGUGGGGAUUCUGGGGAAGGCAAGGGGGGCAGAAAGGAUGCGGAUGAAGGAGAUUGUGGGGUUGUGUGGGAGGAGGUCCAAUCCUGGUUCACGGUGGCAAUGAUGCCCGCCUCUCGCAUGGGGGAAGGCGUGCCAGCCUGUUGUGAUGGGCAGGCAAGGGAGAAGGAUGUGAGUGCACGAGUGGAAGUGGCCAAAGAGCUUCACCAGUUGGCUCUGCUGCCCAGUUUCCAUGAAGACAUGAAGCAUGGGGGUGGGAUUGGUAGUUUUAGCAAGCGGAAGGGAAAGAAGGGGGAGGAACCGGCUUACUUGAAGGCAUGGCCGGGGGGAGUCAAUCUGGUGGCAUGUCUGCGGGAGAUGCUGCUGGGGGAGCCGUGCUACCGCCCUGCCUCCCCUGCUACCCCAUCAUCUGCUGCAUCAUCAACUGCUGCUCCAGGAAACUCAUCAUCGGAUGCUGCAUGCACUGUCGCUGCACCAAGAGUUGCUGCUGCAACCAAAUUAGAGGCAAAUACCGGAUCCCAUGAUCGAAGCCAUGGGCUCGUAUCUCCUGGCAGGCGUGUGCCUGAAGUGCUGAGUGUAUGCAAUCAGGUACUCGUGGUGUGCCUUCCAUCGUCCGUUUAA